UUCCACACACUGGCCUGAUACAAGAACCAGCCCAAACUAAUUAACCGUCCAGUUAAGGAAAAAUUAGCCUGUUUGAUAACACUCUCCGAAUUGUUAAAACUUAUGAUGAGUAAAGUUUGUUUGUUUUAACGAGUGAAGGAAAUGGGAUUCCUGGAUACUAGCUGGACAGUAAGCCGUGUGUGUGUUGUGAGUUCCCCAUGGUAACAACAAACAAUGCCGUCGAGCGCGCAGGUGACAAUUUGCUACGGACCGUAUGAAUCCAGCGGAGUUGUACAACACAGGACCUUCCGCCUGCAGGGUCUCCGAGCCGCACUGACAGUGCGCGGGCACCAGUGCAUCUUGAAAGAAACACAGGAGUGGAACACGGUGGAGCUCGUGGUCAACGGGGAGCUCGUCUUCACCUGUCAUAUAAAGCAGCUGGAGUUCGGCGGAGAUGGAAAACUGGACCCUGUUUGCAAGGAGGCUGUUGCUGCUGUGGAGAAUGCUGACGUUAACAGAGCCUGACAUUUGAAUGAAGACAUAUAAAACAUGAUUUACCACAU